AUGGCAAAAGAUCAACCUUUGAAGAUUGAGCUCGAGGAGAAUGACGUGAUUGUCUCGUUAUUCAAUACGCUUUCCAAAACCAGCAAAAAGCUGCUACAAGAAUCAUAUCAACAAGAAAAGCAUAGAUCUAGUUAUCACAACCGGCGUAACCAAGAAAAUCAAGAGCUAGAGAACGAGAUGGAUAACUGGAUUAAAGGCGUUUUUCAUGUGGCAAGUGGGAAUAUUACUGUAAACGGUGAAGAUUGUACUGAUCUCAUUGAUUUAGAUACAGAGCCCCUCGAUCUCGAUUUAGAAAACCAGGUCAAAACAUUAGAAAAGGAAGUGAUAGCUAUGAGAGAGCAAAUGGCCGUAGAGCGCAGAGAGCUUCCACGACAAAUAGAGCGUGUGUUGGAGACAACGCUUGAGAGGCAGAUGGACGGCGAAGAAAGGGGCAUUGAUGAUGAAGAGUAUACCGAGCCAGAGACCGUGCAUUUACCGGUGAUCGAACAGGAGACUAUUGCUGAGUAUAGGCGUGGGAUAAAACUCUUGCAGAAAUUGGAGAGGACAUUACCUGGUCGGGCAAGCCAAUAUGAGGACAUUGAGAGAGUAUUGGGGGAAAGAUCCUCAUGA